UUUCAUGGAUAUCUGUGGAUUAGUAGCUGAAUUGGCGCACUAUAUAGAUGCAUAUGCUUUCGAUUGUUCAGAGUAUUAAAUGAGGAGGAAGGCCCGCGAAGAUGUAUUUUGAACGCAAACAGGUGCGCAAAAAAUACUAGAAAAACUACCAGGAGGUACCCAACGAGGUACAGCAGAGGAGCAAAGAACGAAGCAGAAGAAGUGCAGAGCGCUGAAAGCCUGAAACUCGAACCCAUUGAGUCGGGCGCACACCAAAAAGCAGGAGGUAGCAGGAGAAUUCGAACUCCUGCCCGAAGGAGCUGUAGAAGAAGGCAAAGCCGUUCUCCUUUUCUUUUUAUUGGACCAUUUGCCAGGGACAAGUCGCUUGUCCCCAGCCACAUAGAGCGUGCAAGGAUAACGGCCACAAAACGGCGACCGUCGGCUACCAAACGAUGAUGAAACGACGCUGGUCGAACAACGGGGGCUUCCUGCGCGUGCCGGAGGAGUCUUCCUCGGAGGUGACAUCCUCCUCCAACGGCCUCGUGCUGCCCUCCGGCGUCAACAUGUCCCCCUCGUCCCUGGACUCGCACGACUACUGCGACCAGGAUCUCUGGCUCUGCGGCAACGAUGGGCAAUAUGGCAACAGCAACGGCAGCGGUGUCGCUCUCGGUGUCGCCCAGCAGCUGCAACAGCAGCAGCAGCAGCAGCAGCAGCAGCAACAACAACAGCAGAGCGUCAUCACGCUGGCGAUGCACGGCUGCUCCAGCACCCUGCCCGCCCAGACCACCAUCAUUCCCAUCAACAAUGGCUCCACGAAUGGCUCCAAUGGAAAUGGCCACUAUGUGCCAGGUGCCACCAAUCUAGGCGCCCUGGCCAACAGUCUCGGCCUGGUCAAUGGCGGAGGGAUGGUUAACGGAAUGCAACAGCAGCAGCAGCAGCAACAGCAGCAGCAGAUGCAGAAUGGACACGGUCUCAUCAAUUCCACAACGCCCUCGACCACGACACCGCUGCACUUGCAGCAGAACGGUCUCGGUGUCGGACUCGGAGGAGGCGUCAAUGGAAUGAACCUAAAUUCGCAUCUUCACACAAAUGGCAAUUCGAAUGGCCUUCUGGGAGGCGGCAACAUCGGUGUCGGCAUCGGUGGCGUAAUUGGAGGUGUCGCAGGAGGCGGUGGCAUGGGCAUGGCCAUGCAGCAUACACCGCGCAGUGAUUCAGCAAAUUCCAUUUCAUCAGGUCGCGAUGAUCUCUCGCCCUCGAGCAGCCUGAACGGAUAUUCGGCGAACGAGGGCUGCGAUGCGAAGAAGAGCAAGAAGGGUCCGGCGCCGCGGGUGCAGGAGGAGCUGUGCCUCGUGUGCGGUGACCGGGCCUCCGGCUACCACUACAAUGCCCUCACCUGCGAGGGCUGCAAGGGCUUCUUUCGGCGCAGCGUCACCAAGAGCGCCGUCUACUGCUGCAAGUUUGGACGUGCGUGCGAGAUGGACAUGUACAUGAGGAGAAAGUGCCAGGAGUGCCGCCUGAAGAAGUGCCUGGCUGUGGGCAUGCGGCCGGAGUGCGUGGUGCCCGAGAAUCAGUGUGCGAUGAAGCGGCGCGAGAAGAAGGCACAGAAGGAGAAGGAUAAGAUGACCACCUCCCCAAGCUCGCAGCAUGGUGGCAAUGGCGGGGGUAAUAGUGUGGGUGGCGGCUCCAGCGUUGGCGGCGGCAGCGUCGUUGGCACACACGACUACGUGAAGAAGGAGAUUCUCGAUCUGAUGACAUGCGAGGCGCCGCAGCAUGCCACAAUUCCGCUACUACCUGAUGAUAUUUUGGCCAAGUGUCAAGCGCGCAAUAUACCUCCACUAACGUACAAUCAGUUGGCCGUUAUAUAUAAGCUUAUUUGGUAUCAGGAUGGCUACGAGCAGCCAUCCGAAGAGGAUCUCAGGCGUAUAAUGAGCACCCCGGAUGAGAACGAGAGCCAAACGGAUGUCAGCUUUCGACACAUCACCGAGAUAACCAUACUCACGGUUCAGUUGAUUGUCGAGUUUGCUAAAGGUCUACCAGCGUUUACAAAGAUACCCCAAGAGGAUCAGAUCACGUUACUGAAGGCUUGCUCAUCGGAGGUCAUGAUGUUGCGCAUGGCGCGGCGCUACGAUCACAAUUCAGACUCGAUCUUCUUUGCGAAUAAUCGGUCGUACACCCGGGACUCUUACAAAAUGGCUGGUAUGGCGGAUAACAUUGAGGAUCUGCUGCACUUCUGCCGCCAGAUGUUCUCGAUGAAGGUGGACAACGUCGAGUAUGCGCUACUCACUGCCAUUGUGAUCUUCUCGGAUCGGCCGGGCCUGGAGAAGGCCCAGCUGGUGGAGGCGAUACAGAGCUACUACAUCGACACGCUACGCAUUUAUAUACUCAAUCGCCACUGCGGCGACACCAUGAGCCUCGUCUUCUUCGCCAAGCUCCUCUCCAUCCUUACCGAGCUGCGCACGCUGGGCAACCAGAAUGCCGAGAUGUGCUUCUCGCUGAAGCUCAAGAACCGCAAGCUGCCCAAGUUCCUCGAAGAGAUCUGGGACGUCCAUGCCAUCCCGCCCUCGGUGCAGUCACACCUGCAGGCCCAGCAGGAGGAAAACGAGCGAAUGGUGCGGGCGGAACGCAUGCGCGGCGCCGUAGGUGGUGCCAUUGCCGCGGGACUCGAUGCCGACUCUGCUUCCACCUCACAGGCGGCGGCUGCGGCGGCCGCCCACCAUCAGCAUCAGCACCAUCCGCUGCCCAAUCACACGCUGCCGCUGUCGGCACCCCAACCGCAGCCCCAGCCCCAGCCCCAGGGCCAGCCCCAGGCUCAGCCUCAGCCUCUGUCUCUGACGCUGCCUCUGCCUCUGCCACUUCCCUCCGCCCCAGUCUCCGUCUCUGUACCCGCCACUGCCUCUGUGUCCGUUUCCGUUGUCGGCUCGGGAUCCAGCUCCGGAUCCGUGUCGGCCGUUAGCACCAGCAGCGAUUACAUCGGCGGCGUUGGUGGUGGCGGAGCCAUGGGCCCCACCACAGCAGCAGCCACCUCCUCCACCAGCAUCACGGCGGCGGUGCCCGCCAGCUCCACCACCGCGACGGUGGGCAACGGGGCGCCCGUCAGCAUGUACGCGAAUGCCCAGACGGCCAUGGCACUGAUGGGCGUACCGCUGCACCCGCAUCAGGAGCAGCUAGUCGCCGGCGUGGCGGUCAAGUCGGAACACUCGACGACGGCAUAGCCCCUGCUCCACCAUCAGCAGCAGCACCACCACCACACCAUCCUGCAUGAGGUGGUGGGUGGAGUCCUGCUCGACUAGAGCUAGGACUAGGACAAGGAAAGGCAGCUGAAACACACUCUCACAGACAUCCCGAUCAUCAGAGGGGGGAUGGGAUGCCUGCUCCUGAUCCUGAUGCCAGACGGAGGGAGGGAUCACUGAAGGACAAGCGUAAAAUGCAGUUAUUUAGUUAUUAAGUCUGCAAAUAUUAGCAAUAAGUCAUUAUCCGUACAAUAUAACCGAUAAACAAAUUAUUAACAAUUACACAAAUGCUAAAAAAACAACAACAAAAACA